GUUGAUGACGCCGUCAAUAGUAGAGGCUGUAAAAGCGGAGGGCUUGCAAGGACAAUGUCCUAUAGAUCACACAAAAUUCCAACAACCUCCUGCUCCUCCAGCUGCUGCUGGCAAAUGUCCAAUAGAUCACACCCAGCUUGCUGCUGCAAAACAGUCAUUCGAGGAGGAGACCCCUGUUGAAGAGGCGAACCCUGUUGCUCCCUGUGAGUUGGAGAAUCCUGUUGUUCUCAGUGAAGAGAAUGUCAGUUCCGAGUCUGAUGUAAACGUGGAUCAAACACCUCAUGUUCCUCAGAAAAUCACUACUGCUCAGUACAUCUCAGCCCAGAAAGCCAUGAGCUCUCUAAUGAGCGAAUGUCCGAGCGCAGCAGGGGAGCCAAGCCCAAGUAUACCAUCAGAGUGCCCCAUGCACAACACAGCCGCGACCGACCCGGACAAGUUAAUGCCGGACAACAUGAUGCCGCCCCCUAAUCAGCGAGCAGCACAUGAUCAGCCUUUUCCUCUAAAUACGGGCAGAGAAACUAGUUCAAUUCCUCGUACUGGUACAGAUAAGAACUGGGUGUAUCCUAGCGAACAAAUGUUCUGGAAUGCCAUGACCAGGAAAGGUUGGAACUGGAGAGAAGAGCCUGAAGAAGUUGUACCGGAAACAGUGACUGAGAUAAUCAAGAUUCACAAUUUUAACAAUGAGAAGGCCUGGCAUGAGAUUCUUCUGUGGGAAACGUUCCAUAACGAAGAAUGUAAAGACCCCCAAUUGACUAAGUUCGCUGGAAAGCCGAAAGAUUUAUCACCUCGAGCGAGAUUUAGGACUUGGCUCGGAUACGACGCUCCUUUUGACCGUCACGAUUGGGUGGUGGACCGAUGUGGUACUGAUGUGCGAUACAUUCUAGACUACUACGAUACCGGUAUAGACCAACUAGAAACCGGAGAGGACUCAGUGGAGAUUGAUGUGCGGCCGGCUCUCGACUCUUUCUCCGCUUGUUUCGAUCGGAUGAAGGUUUUCGCCCUUCGGAACGCUCCCACGGUCGCUACAUUCCUGUUCGAUUACCCCAUGGUACCAGUUGAGAGUGGAACAGAAGUAAUAAAAGAAACGUGAUUGUCGAACAAUGGACUUAAUUUAUUAACUAUUUUGAUAUAGAAGUAUGAAUCAUGAUAAGAGUUUAUAUCAUCUUGUUAGAAAGGGGUUUUGUUGAGUUAUGAACCUUGCCGGGGCUGGUAUGUAUGCCUGACCUGUUAAACCGUAAGGAAUCGUUGCUCUAGGAACAACAUGUGACCUUCGAUAAAUACUAAGUGAGCUAGUUUGUUCUAGCUAGUUUGUUCUCAAACCUAAUUGAUAGGAUAGGUAGUUGGCAGGCUUUUCAAGGAGAUGAGACAAAGUCCCCCGAUUAAGUAUUGCAGUUAAACCCAUGUAUUGCGGUUAAACCCCUGACCCUUGCUGUUGAGCUAGACAACCCAUCUCAUGGCCCUCCGUGAUCAUGAUACAUGGCCCUCCAUGGUGAAUACAUUUGGUUAGGUUUUGAUUUUUCGAUGAUUCUGUUUUUUACCAUUACAUGAUCACCCAGUCACGCAGAGUAUUUAUUUUAAUUGUACUGAUUCUGACCGAUGAAAUAUUUGUUAAGCUGAUGUCAGCCACCUUUUCUUCUAGACAGAACAUUUUUGGGAACUGUUCCACUGUUGUUAGGUACAUUAUGAUUACUGGAUUAGACAUCAGUUGACAAAUAAUUUACAUUCAAUCAAAAUAACUCUGUUAGGUAAGAUGAAAUUCAAUUCAAAA